GACGUGUUACGCACGCACAACCCCCCCUCUACGUCUACGUCGCUCAGCCUUGCAUUGUUCAGCUUGAGCUAGCUGAGGUGCUAAUGAGGGCUAGCCGACAUUAUAAAGAGAUUUUAAGUAUUAAUGCAUGCGUAUAAAACUGUUUAAAAUCCCCACGGAUAUUUGAGAGCUUGUCAAAUCAACAAUGAGCAAGAGGAAAGCACCGCAGGAGUCCCUGAACGAGGGAAUAACUGACUUUCUUGUCGAGCUGGCCAACUAUGAGAAAAACGUCAACAGGGCAAUACACAAGUACAAUGCUUACAGGAAAGCAGCAUCUACUAUCUCCAAGUACCCAAACAAAAUCAAAAGUGGCGAAGAGGCCAAGAAACUGGAUGGUGUUGGAGCUAAAAUAGCAGAGAAGAUUGAUGAGUUCUUACAAACUGGCAAACUACGGAAGUUGGAAAAGAUUCGAAAUGAUGACACCAGCUCUUCCAUCAAUUUCCUCACCAGAGUCACUGGAAUUGGCCCUGCUGCUGCCAGGAAGUUUUUCGAGGAAGGGGUGAAGACGUUAGAAGAUCUGAAAAAGAUUGAGCACAAGCUAAACCAUCAUCAGCAGAUUGGUCUCAAGUACUUUGAGGAAUUUGAGAAAAGGAUCCCCCGAGCUGAAAUGGAAAAGAUGGAGACUCUUAUCAUUGGAGAGCUAAAGGAGAUCAACACAGAAUAUAUUGGAACAAUCUGUGGAAGCUACAGGAGAGGUGCUGCCUCGAGUGGUGAUAUUGAUAUUUUGCUGACCCACCCAAACUACACUUCUGAGACAGAGAAGCAGCCCAAGCUCCUUCAUGCGGUGGUCGAACACUUGGAGUCCAUUGGGUUUGUGACCGACACCCUGUCCAAAGGGGACACCAAGUUCAUGGGAGUCUGCCAGCUACAGCAGAGUGAUGAAGAUGAGGAAGAAUACCUGCACAGACGUAUUGAUAUCAGGUUAAUUCCCAAGGACCAGUACUACUGUGGAGUUCUUUAUUUCACUGGAAGUGAUAUCUUCAAUAAAAACAUGAGAACUCAUGCGCUAGAGAAGGGCUUCACGCUUAAUGAGUACACCAUUCGACCACUUGGGGUCACUGGUGUGGCAGGGGAACCGCUGUUGGUGGACAGUGAGAGAGACAUCUUUGAGUACAUCCACUACAAAUACAGGGAGCCAAAGGACCGCAGCGAGUGAAGCACAAGACAGCUUUCAGUUAUAUCUGCGUUUGAAGUCACGGCUUUCCUGAAAACAAGAUCAGACCUAUGUGUACAAAUGUGUUAGUGUGUGUAGCAGUCAAAGAAAACAACUGUGAAAGUAAUUUUAAUUAUUUGUUUUGGACAUUUUUUGUAUCUAAGUUGAAAUCAUCAACGCACGUCACACAUAUGCUGAACUAUUUAAAUUUUGUUUUUAUUCUACAUGGUCAUACAUCUUUGUGUGUUGAGCUCAAUUUUAAGCAAGUUUCUAAAUCAUGCUCAACACCGAUUUAAUUCUUUUAUUAGACUCCUUUUUUAUAUAUAUAUUUGAUGUUUGAUAUACCAAAAAAGGAUCAUGACAUAAUCUGAGAGGAGCAAUCUCAAUGUGGACUGGCAGUUUUGUGUUAUACGCAAUGAAGACCACUGUCAUCAAGGUGUUUUUACAUUAGGCUAUACUGUAUGUAAGGGGGGUUUUCAGGGAUCAUUGUUGCACAUGCAGACAACACAACAGUAUCACUAAUGUAUCUCUCAUCCAUAAAAAUUUUAAGUAUGUACUUUUCUUCUAAUUUGGUCAAACUGAUGAAUUGCAACAAAGAAAUACAAUAAUGCAAACAGUAUUUAUGGUUAAUGGGCUCAGUUUCUGGUUGUGGACACUAAUUUGAGACAAAAUGAUAAUAGAUUUGUUGAGACAAAUGAGAACUGCAUUUUCCUCAGUUAAUGAUUGAUGUGUGAAUAUGACUGUUACUCUGGUAGACUUGAUGAAUCGAUUUUAUAUGGUGGUGUGAAAAUGAUCAUGUGUGUGUUAGGUCAAUACAUUAUUGUGUCUCCAGUCCUUCUUAGGGCAUUUGAAAGCAGUAGAUGUAAGUAAUAAAGUUAGACAGGCAAUCGAAACGCUGUAUCUUGGUGAUACAUAACCUGAAUAUUAGCAUUAGGUCUUUAAUUCAGUUUGGUAUGUGGAUGAUUGCAGAACAUUUCAAAACAAUAUUUAAGGGGAAAAAAAACAUGGGGAGUAACAGAGUUGCGUGUGUUUGCUUGUGCUGUUGACAACCAACUGUUUGAGCAUGUAUAAGAAAUAAAUGGGUAAAAGAAGGUAAAA